CCGGACAGUUGUCAGUGUCGGACAGAUUCCGUUGACAUUGCUGCUGUUACCAAACCAGAAGGUUUCGUCGCAGGGAGCUGCAGUGAAGUGGCAGCCCGCUCCUGGCUCCUGGCUCCUCGGCUCUGACCUCCAGCACUUUGUGGAGUCAUGUACCGGCGGCCGCUGCAGUUCGCCGCCCGGAGCUUCGUCACCGCGGCCGCUUCCAGAGCCGCCGCCGGGAAGGCGUUGGACCAUGACGUCUGUUUCAGAGCUUUAGCUUCUAGAGUCUCCUCUCCCUGUUCAGCUCCGUGUCGGACGCUUCACUUCAGCACACAGCUCUGUAAUGUGAAGGAGACGCCUCAGCACUCGGAGGAGGAGGUGGGCGCCUUCACGAAGCUCAUCGAGGCCAUGGGCUUCACCGGACCUCUGAAAUACAACAAAUGGAAAAUCAAGAUUGCUGCUUUGCGUAUGUACACGUGCUGCGUAGAGAGAGUCAACUACGACGAGUUCUUUGAAAAAUUUGCCCUCCCUGACACCCUCAACUCCUGGUUCCUGGUUGCACAGCUGCACGUAUGGAUGUGUUUGGUUCGGAUGCGUCAGGAAGGCCGAGAGGGGAAGUACAUGUGCCGCUACAUCGUCCACUCCAUGUGGGAGGACGUCGAGCAGAGGAGCAAAAUCAUGGGGAUCGAUGCCAUCCACAGAAAGGAAGCGCUGAAAGCCAUGACCGAGACUUUCUAUGCGGCCAUAUUUGGAUACGACGAGGGCAUCAUGUCUGAUGACUGUGUUCUGGCCGCUGCUCUGUGGAGGAACUUGUUCAGUCGACAGUGUGAAGACCCCAAACAGCUGGAGCUCAUGGUGGAGUACGUCCGCAAACAGAUGCAGUUCAUCGACGCUCUGGACGGAGACGACCUGCUGCUGACCGGGGAGGUGAAGUGGCGCCCCCUGGUGGAGGAGAACGCUCAGAGCAUCCUGAAGGUGGUGAGACCCACCUACAACGAUGCAGGACUGUGAGAUGAAGACCUCCUGCUUCCUCCCUGCUUCAUGUUUUCAUUUGACUCGUGUCUUCUGUUUCUGAGCUCCGUAGACAGUCAGGGAUCACGAUCUUCACAUCUUUCUAGUAAAAACUGCUAAACUAAACGCCGCCACGUUCCUCCUUCCUGCUCCUCGUCGGGUUUGAGAGCCUCUUCCUCAGUGCAAACUAUUUAUAUCUCCUCGUUUUUCACACGCUGUAUUUAUAAAGUUUUUUGUACGUCGGCCAGGACUCCCGUCUGCUCCUUCACUGUGUUUUAAAUAAAGUUUGGCUCCGGGUCGGUGGGAUUAGCCGCCGCCAGCCGACGCGGCGUUUUGGUUGGUCUGGUUCUCAGGACGCUCUCAGGCCUGAACGGGAAGCUGAGCCCCUCAAAGCCCCAAAUGUUUUUAAAAAGUCAUGAAUAAAGUGUUCUCUGGAUCAA